ACAUCGGCGCGUACGCGCACACCAUCGCGGUCUUCACUUUCCACACAACCGAGAGUUCACCUCCCGGCCGCCCACCCCUACCCGCGCCCGGCGGCGGAACAAACCGGACCAGACCAUCCGCGGCGAGGCGAAGCAGGACAGCCGGUAGGCGGAAAAGGGGGUGGGGUAGAGGGGCAGCAGCAGCCGCCCUAAGCCGCUUAGAAGCGGCUCGAGCAGCGCCUUGACCAGGAAGAAUGGACGCCUUCGAGACGGUGGUUGACCGGCGAACAGCUUCGGUUCUGCCGUAGCAGGAGGACAAUAACGCGCGUCGAGCAGACCUCCGCGAAGGAAUGUUCACCCUCACCGAAGUCGCCUCCCUGAACGACAUCCAGCCGACUUACCGCAUCCUGAAACCAUGGUGGGACGUCUUCAUGGAUUACCUGGGCAUCAUCAUGCUCAUGCUGGCCAUCUUCGCCGGGACCAUGCAGCUGACGCGCGACCAGGUGGUCUGCCUGCCUGACUUGGACUCGGACCCCGACAAGGUGGCGCCCCUUCCGACUGAGGCGCCCGACAGGUUGGGGGGUAAGGAGAGCGCCGCGGUGGAGCAAGGGACGCCCCUGACGCCAGCUCCUGAUCAAGCACUGACGCAGCAGCCGCCGCCCCCCGCCGGGAUCCGAACCAAGCUGGACUUCCAGCAGUACGUCUUUGUCAAUCAGAUGUGCUACCACGUGGCCCUUCCGUGGUACUCCAAAUACUUUCCUUACCUGGCGCUGAUCCACACACUCAUCCUGAUGGUGAGCAGCAACUUCUGGUUCAAGUAUCCUCGCACCAGCUCCAAGAUCGAGCACUUUGUCUCCAUCCUGGGCAAGUGUUUCGAGUCUCCCUGGACUACCAAGGCGCUCUCGGAGACGGCGUGUGAGGACUCGGAGGAGAACAAGCAGCGUCUGGCGGGGGCCGCUGCCAAGCACAAGCACUUCUCCACCAGCAGCGAGGAGGGUAGCCCCAAUCAGUCGACACCCAUGCUGAGCAAGUCCGGCGUCACCUUCUCCACCGAGAAGCUGGUGAGCGAGGCGCCCUCCAUGACCAUCCUCGACAAGAAGGACGGCGAGCAAGCCAAGGCACUCUUUGAGAAGGUCCGCAAGUUCCGCGCCCACGUGGAGGACAGCGACAUGAUCUAUCGCCUGUACGCCCUGCAGACGCUCAUCAAGACCGUCAAGUUCAUCGUCAUCCUGUGCUACACCAUGAACUUUGUGACCUCCAUCAACUUCUACCACUUGUGUGAGCCGGAAGUCAAACACUUGACCGGAUACGGGAAGUUCCACUGCACGCACAACAUGGCAUUCAUGCUGAAGAAGCUGCUGGUGAGCUACAUUGCGCUCAUUUGCGUCUACGGCGUCAUCUGCAUCUACACGCUCUUCUGGCUCUUCCGCCGCCCCCUCAAGGAGUACUCCUUCGAGAAAGUCCGCGAGGAGAGCAGCUUCAGCGACAUCCCCGACGUGAAGAACGACUUUGCAUUCCUGCUGCACAUGGUGGACCAGUACGACCAGCUCUACUCCAAGCGCUUCGGCGUCUUCCUGUCAGAGGUCAGUGAGAACAAACUGAGGGAGAUCAGCCUGAACCACGAGUGGACCUUCGAGAAGCUCCGGCAGCAUGUGACCCGCAACGCUCAGGAGAAAUUGGAAUUGCACCUCUUCAUGCUGUCAGGUGUGCCCGACGCCGUGUUUGAUCUCACCGACUUGGAGAUCCUCAAGCUGGAGCUCAUACCCGAGGCCAAGAUCACGGCCAAGAUCUCGCAGAUGAUCAACAUACAGGAGCUCCAUUUUUACCACUGUCCGGCCAAAGUGGAACAGACGGCAUUCAUCUUCCUGCGGGACCACCUGCGAUGCCUUCACGUCAAGUUCACGGACGUGGCCGAGAUCCCCAGCUGGCUGUACCUGCUGAAGAACUUGCAGGAACUCUACCUGGUGGGCAACCUGAACUCGGAGAACAACAAAAUGAUUGGACUCGAGUCUCUGCGAGACCUGCGGCACCUGAAGGUCUUGCAUCUCAAGAGCAACCUCACCAAGAUCCCCACCAACAUCACGGAUCUGUCACCACACCUGGUCAAGUUAGUGGUGCACAACGACGGCACCAAGCUCCUGGUGCUCAACAGCCUGAAGAAGAUGACCAACCUGUCCGAGUUGGAGCUGCACAACUGUGAGCUGGAGCGAAUCCCGCACGCCAUCUUCAGCCUCAACAACCUUCAAGAACUGGACCUCAAGUCCAACCUCAUCCGGACCAUCGAGGAAGUCAUCAGCUUCCAGCAUCUGAAGCGGCUGACGUGCCUCAAGCUCUGGCACAACAAGAUCAUCUCCAUCCCGCUGUCCAUCACCCAUGUCAAAAACCUCGAGUCGCUCUACCUGUCGCACAACAAGCUGGAGUGUCUGCCCAGCGCUCUCUUCAACCUGCUCAAGCUACGGCACCUAGACGUGAGCCACAACUCCAUCGCCGUCAUCCCCCCCGAGGUGGGCUUCCUGCAGAACCUCCAGCACUUUGCAAUCGCCGGCAACAAGUUGGAGGUGGUCCCCAAGCAGCUCUUCAAGUGCACCAAACUGCGGACGCUGUGCCUCGGCCACAACUGCAUUGCCGCCCUGCCGGAGCGGGUCGGGCAGCUGGCGCAGCUGAGCCACCUUGAGCUGAAGAGCAACUGCCUGGAUCGUCUGCCGCCGCAGCUGGGUCAAUGCCCGCUGCUGCGCCGGGGCUGCCUGCUGGUGGAGGACCAUCUCUUUGACUCACUGCCCGUGGAGGUCAAGGAGAGUCUCAACCAGGAAACUGCUGGCGCUUUCGCAAACGGGUGCAGGUGUCUGACGGACGGGCGAUAGCAACUCAGGGCAUCGUUUUUGGUUUUUUGGUUUUAAUGCUGGGCCAGGGGGGCAAACAAAGGUGUGCCUACAGUUAAAUACUGCAAAUAGUAUUAUUUGCAGUAGUAGUAUUCUUAAGACCCCUCUGCCCCCUGCCUGUGACCACAUCAAAUCCUGUAGUGCAUAUUUCCUCAAUUUCUCCUUCUUUUUUUUUGAUACAGCAGCUCACAGACCAAGCAGAACUGGUACCGCUUCUUCACCAGGUUCUUUGUUGACAAGCGGCAACUCUUUACUGGCCCACAGAGGAGGAUUCUGUUACAUGGGCAGCAACCUCCGAUUGGGUAGCACUAGCGCAGGCACCAGUGGUGCCGCUAAUGGUGCUCCCCGGGUAUUUGCGUUCUGGCUUGGUGGAAAACAAAUAAGAUGACUCCAAAUACACGUCAGUGAAUUCGAGUGCCCUCUGCUGGUUAUCGUAGGUAUCUGCCAGUGCGGUACAGAAAGGGCCAUGAAAAAGUGAAAGCACUAGAAAAGCCAGGUUGGAAACCACUUGGAUGAAAAAAUCUGUCAUCAUGUUGUUUGUCCUCAUGUUUCUGCAUGUAGUAACUUAGCAUUAGCGUUACAACGGCAAGAUCACCAAAGUCUGGAGACCUCAAGUUAUUUAAAUUGAGAUUUGUCAAGUCGGUGUUCAACAGUCUUUUGUUUUUUUCCAGCAGGAAUUUUCUGGCAGGUGUUAAAUGUCGCACCCUGUUUCGUUCACGACAUUUGGGAUGCUUUGGUAGAUAAAAUGGAACUUGAUUUGUCUUAAUAUUACUUUGUAGAUGUAAUAUUGUAACCUUAUUUCUCAUUUGAUCAAGAUUAGCCUCCCAAAAUUGUAUUUUCCACUUAUAUUAAUAUUCAAAGUAAUCCGAUACAAUUGAACUGUUCCUCCUGAAAUUAAUUACUUUUGUAGGCGAGGGGUUUUGUUUUAAAUUUUAUUCAUACUACGUAUUUUUCCCCAAUUGCAGUAUUGUCACUGCUAAUACUGAAUUGCACUUUUUGUUGUCAAUUUGACAAAGAUUAUUCUUGUCUCUAAAUGAGCGGCUCCAAAUAUUUGAAACUUUGACUGCAGACCUCCAGCCCAAAUUAUCAACAUCCUGUAUGUAAUUUUUGUGAAGUUAACCAAAAGUCAGCAUUGAACUUUUUGACUUGUUCAGGUGUACCAAUUGUUGUGGCUUGUGUGUGUCUUUAGUUCUUUUGGCACACACGUCCACAUUGAACUAAUCUUCACUGUGUCAAGAGCAGGAAACCAAAAAGACCAAAAGCAAGGGAACAAGAAUAACAGUUUAGUAAAUGUUUUUGUUCAGAGGUGAAAAGGUUUCUUUGUGUAAGCUUACACAUUCCACUGCGUUCUGUGUGGUCAAACAUUGACAAAAAGGACCAAACAUCCAUCAAAAUGAUGAUUACAAAACAGACCACAUUUUGUGUUCUAUUAUUUUUUAUGUUUUACUUUGACAAACUGCUUGUACCAAGUGUGGCAUUUGAAUAAAUUAGUUCAGCUUGUUUAAAAAAAAAAAAAACGCUGAAAACGAACAAA